UGCGCGCCGAAAGAAUCGACCUGUUUCCCCCGCGCCCCUAAAGAGAUAGGUGCCUAAAGGGGAAGGAGCGGGAUGGUGCAGUAGUGCGCGCCUCAGACCCCUUUCCUUCAAUGCUAGGCCAAUGGAUCAGGGCACCACAGAGAUAAGAGUAGAGCAGCAAAACGCUCCUGACCCACUAUAGAAGUAUUUUUCUCCUUUCUUCAUCUCUUUGGCAAAAGCAGAAAAACGGCCACAACACGGGGGAAAGCAAAAUUGAGUUAAAGGUUAUCCAGUUCCCAUUAUUUCUGACCAUUGGCCAGGCACGCUGAGGCUGAUGAGAGCUGGAGUACAAGUCCCUCAUUAUUGCAGUAACCCCUCCACUCGCCAAGAAGCGUCCUUAGGUUACAUUUCCCCUUUCACUUCCGCCCUCCCCUCCGGAGAUUCUACUGUCCUUGGUGAGUUUUAUCAACCUCCAACUGCUGAUGGUGCUGUCACGCGCUUAUGGUUAACAAGGGCCGGCAUAGAAGAGCCCAACCAGAGAGGGCUUGGAAAGUCUAUUUCCGGUUCCGGGGGCGCCAUUUUGCCGUGAGACAGCAGUGGUCCGGGAAGUGGCGGGUGUCUGAACAUACAAUGUUGUCUACAGCCGGCUACGUCGACCGCUCACUUGUUCAGGGUUGUGAGGUUAAACGGAGUGCUGCGGUACAACACCGCUUUUCCCCCUACACCUUCAAUGGCGGGACUAUAUUGGCAAUUGCUGGUGAAGACUUCUGUAUUGUUGCCUCAGAUACCCGACUGAGUGAAGACUAUGCAAUUCAUAGUAGAGACAGUCCAAAGUGCUACAAGCUGACAGAUACAACUGUCGUUGGUUGCAGUGGAUUUCAUGGAGACUGUCUUACACUUACUAAAAUUCUUGAAGCAAGAUUAAAGAUGUACAAGCAUUCCAACAACAAGACCAUGAGCUCAGGGGCUAUUGCAGCCAUGCUUUCUACAAUCCUGUAUUCCCGAAGAUUCUUCCCUUACUAUGUUUACAACAUAAUUGGUGGAUUGGAUGAGGAAGGGAAGGGUGCAGUGUACAGCUUUGAUCCAGUAGGCUCCUACCAGAGAGAUACUUUCAAAGCUGGUGGAUCAGCUAGUGCAAUGCUGCAGCCUCUGCUAGACAACCAGGUUGGCCUCAAGAACAUGCAGCAUGUAGAACACGUGUCUUUGUCUCUCGAGAAAGCUAUGCAGUUAGUAAAGGAUGUCUUUAUUUCUGCUGCAGAAAGAGAUGUGUACACUGGGGAUGCACUCAAAAUCUGCAUUAUCACAAAAGAUGGAAUCAAAGAGGAGAUGGUACCAUUGCGAAGAGACUAAAUCAGUGCACGGUUCAUUUAAAGAUUUUCAGUGUGUAACCUUAAUUUUUGUGCAUACUCUAUAUACUGCUGGUAUGACAUUUGAUGUAUUAAAAAAAGAAGCAAAGUUGUCUUUCA